UUUGACGACAAAUUGCAAGUGCACUGACAGUAUGGCCGCGCACCAUCGGAACAGCGCCAUUCUAACGCUAGACCAGCUCAUGCAUCAUGAUCUGUGGGUCCCUGACCAAGAGAGGCAGCGCUGCCACGCGUGUUCGCGGAACUUUGCCACAUUUACCCGACGUAAGCAUCACUGUCGGACGUGCGGCGAGGUGGUGUGCAGCUCCUGCUUGGUCAAACGAUCAGCAGAGUUUCCCGUGAAGGGGCUCACGGACGUGAAAAUCUGCCUGUCGUGUGUCAUGCUCCAGUCGACGGAGCAAGGCCUUCCGAUCCGCACACCGCCAGUGGGUUUCACGCGGCCGUCCAAUCUCCGCUACACGUACACCGGAUCCGAGGACGAAAGAUUGUCCUCGCGCAGUGCAUUCUCCGACCAAAUGAUGACUCGGCAGCCCACAUCCGAUUACGACGACCAACGGCGGCGCGGGAUGUCCGCCGACCGAGGUCGCGCGCGCAGCGACCACAACGUGGCUGCAUGGGACUACCCGUGGCCGCCCCCGCCGAUGCCUCUUCUUGAACACGAACGGCUCGAAGCUCUGAGGAGCCUCGACAUCCUAGACACUCGACCCGAGGAGGCGUUCGAUACGUUGUGCGCGGCCGCCGCGACGGCGUUUGAGUGCCCCAUCGCUGGCAUCGGGUUCAUGGACGCGGACCGGCACUGGUUCAAAGCGUCCGUGGGGCUCCGCCAACGCGAGUUCCCCCGCCGCGUGACGUUUUGUGCGCAUGCGCUCACAGCCCCGCGGCGCUACGACGAUGCCCUCGUCGUGCUCGACACGGCGACCGAUCGUCGCUUCGCGUACAACCCGCUCGUGACGGGCCCCGCCGCCAUCCGAUUCUACGCCGGCGCGCCCAUUUGGUCCAGCGACGGGCAUGUGCUGGGCACUGUGUUUGUCAUGGAUGCCGCGCCUCGGGCGUACUGCGACCCCACGACCCUCCAAGGGAUCGCUGCCAGUGUGGCCCAAGUGCUCGUGGCGCACAGCCCACCCCCAACCACGACAACAACAUCGUCAAUGUUCCCCCCAUCUCGAUCCCAUCCUCCUUUAAAACAACCAACGCAGCCGCAACGUCCUGAGGUUGUCACUCGUCCGCGAGACGCAGCACCUGGGGUACCACGAGCAGUGGCAUCACCCAAAGCCAAUGUCGAACCUGCCUAUAACCACCACGAGCCUCCUGGUACGUGGCAGCACCCGUGGCCUCCGCCCCCCCGACCAUCCGACGAACCUGCCCGCCUGCGAGCGUUGCGCGAGUGCCAUGCUUUGCACACGCAUGAUCCACAAACUGACGCGGUGUUGGACGGGGUUUGCAUUGCCGCCGCCGAGACGUACCAUUGUCCCAUGGCGGCGAUUGGGUUUCUCGGCAUGCACGAGCAAUGGCUCAAGGCCACGGUGGGGCUGCUGCAAGAUGAGAUUCCACGAAGUGUGGCGUUCUGUGCCCAUUUGGUGGCGGGGGCGCGAUCACCCGUGUCGAUGGUUGUGCUGGACACGGUGAACGACCCCAGGUUCGCCCUCAACCCGCUGGUCACUGGCCGCGCCGGCAUUCGAUUCUACGCGAGCGCCCCUGUGUGGUCCGACGACGGCCACGUCCUCGGCUCGGUGUUUGUCAUGGAUACGAUCUCGCGGCAGUACUGCGAUGACAGGGCACUGCGGUCGAUGGCGUCCAAGGUGACGGCGCAUCUAGCACGACGACAUCACCGUCAAGACCGACUGUCGCCACGGCCCCAAGCUCCGACAACCAAGUCGAUAAGUGUACCAAAUGAAUACCUGGUACGAGGUGACACCAAGGACAAGGACGAGGCCACGGUAGUGCUGGACGAUGUGGACGGGGAUGUUGUGAGGGAGUCGGAGAUGGAGUCGAUGCUUGUGAACCUCCUGCGCCGCACCAUGCAAACCCAGCAUCAAGUAUCCAGCCACGUUGGUACCACCAGUGCCUAGUGAGAUAUUUACUGUUAGACUUGCCGUAAGUUUAUGUCGCCGUUGUAAUUUCAUGUGGUGCAUGUUUAUGUGCUCA